CAAUAAACAAAUACCUGUCCUGAACUGCAAAAUAUAAAAGAAAACGUAUCCAUACUGUAAGUUUAUAUAAUAAAAAGGGUAAACUGAAAAUUGGCCGCCCUCCGGUGUCCCGGACAUAGAUAAAGGCUUCUCCAUUCUCAUCUAGAGCCCAAUUCCCGUUCUCUCAUUUGCUUCCUAGGGUUUUUUCUCCGCCGCUCGUCCACCAUGGGAAGAAGACCCGCGAGGUGUUAUCGCCAGAUCAAGAACAAGCCCUACCCUAAAUCGCGAUUCUGUCGUGGUGUCCCCGACCCCAAGAUCAGGAUCUAUGAUGUGGGCAUGAAGAAGAAGGGGGUCGAUGAGUUCCCGUUCUGCGUGCAUUUGGUGUCCUGGGAAAAGGAAAACGUGUCCAGCGAAGCGCUCGAGGCUGCCCGCAUUGCUUGCAACAAGUACAUGACCAAGAGUGCUGGCAAGGAUGCGUUCCAUUUGAGGGUCCGUGUUCAUCCGUUCCAUGUGUUGCGUAUCAACAAGAUGCUUUCGUGUGCCGGAGCUGAUAGGCUCCAGACCGGAAUGAGGGGUGCUUUCGGGAAGCCGCAGGGUGUCUGUGCUAGAGUCGCCAUCGGCCAGGUUCUUCUCUCUGUCAGGUGCAAGGACAACAACAGUCAGCAUGCGCAAGAGGCUCUCCGCCGUGCCAAGUUCAAGUUUCCUGGCCGUCAGAAGAUCAUUAUCAGCAGGAAGUGGGGGCUUUACCAAGUUCAACCGUGCUGAUUAUGUGAAGCUGAAGCAAGAGAACAGGAUUAUGCCGGAUGGAGUUAAUGCCAAGCUUCUGGGUUGCCAUGGACCACUUGCUAACCGAGAACCAGGAAGGGCAUUUUUGGAUGCAGCUGUUACCUCAUAAACAAGAUACGAUUUGAGUACAGGAGUCGUCUCUUUUGUGGAGGUCAUCAAGUUGUUUUUAGUUUUGAGUUUAUUCUAGUUUAUGCCAACUGGUACUGGAUUACCGUUGCAGGAACCAGUUUGUUCUUUUGAUUGUAAAGACGAUCAGUUCUCUCCUAUUUGGUAUGACAUGUGAUUGUUGUUAAGAUGAAAACCUAAUGCAUCCUUCAGAAUCAGAACCUGCCCAUCACCACAAAACUAAAUAUUAGUCGAAAAAAAGCACCAGACACCAACGAAAACCAUCACGAAGAAGAACAUACAGCUCAAUGAGACAAUGACAGUGAGUCAAAAGUCAUCUCAACAUGUUUUGCAUAAACUAAAUCGUAAAUUAUACCUCGAAUUGGGAC